CAAACACAGAAUCGCGAAUAUGUGUCGUAGUUUUAUUCGCGUAUACUAGUUAAUACAAAGCAAAGUGUGUUUUCAUGAAUUAUUUCCCUAAAAUGUCAAUGACUAUUGUUUGCUGGUUUAGGAGUUUUGCUCCGCCCCCUGUGUUUGUCGUAAACCUGGCUCCUGGCUCCAAUAAACCCGGGCUAAGAGCGCCCUGGGCUCGCCUCCUUCUCCAAGGCGAUCAAUAGGAUCUCAGGCGCACUACAAGCACUCUCUUACGUAGACAUCCACCAAGGAGAGAGCCGAUACAACAACACGGUUGAUCUGCUCAAACACAAAAAUCUACCUGCUUUCUGAAUCAUGUCGUUGAGCCCAAAGCACACAACGCCUUUUUCAGUGACAGAUAUUUUGAGUCCAAUCGAGGAGACCUACAAGAAGUUUAGUGGCAUGGACGGCGCAGGGAACCUAACCUCUCCACUGGGAGCCUACCGACAGCCUCAGGUGUCUCAGACCGGCAUGCAACAGCACUCCAUGGGCCAUAACGCCACGGUGGCCACCACUUACCACAUGCCGCACAGCGUCUCCCAGUUCUCCCACAGCGCAAUGGGAGGAUACUGCAAUGGAAGCAUUGGCAACAUGGGAGAUCUUCCGUCGUACCAGGAAAGCAUGCGGAAUAGUGCAGCAGCAACAGGGUGGUACAGCGCCAACCCUGAUCCAAGAUACUCCACAAUUUCUAGAUUCAUGGGACCUUCCACAGGUAUGAACAUGACCGGCAUGGGGAGUCUCACAGGAAUGGCGGACGCCACCAAAGCCAUGCCGGCUCUCCACGCUGCGCCCAGGAGGAAACGGCGCGUCCUGUUCUCACAGGCUCAGGUCUACGAGCUCGAGAGGAGGUUUAAGCAACAGAAAUACCUGUCUGCGCCUGAAAGGGAGCACCUGGCCAGUAUGAUACACCUGACGCCGACUCAGGUGAAGAUCUGGUUUCAGAACCACCGGUACAAGAUGAAGCGCCAGGCCAAGGACAAGGCAGCGCAACAGAUGCAGCAGCAGCAACAGGACGGUUCUCUGUGCCAACAACAGGCGCAGUCCCCCAGGCGCGUAGCCGUGCCUGUUCUGGUGAAGGACGGUAAACCGUGCCAGAACGGCUCAAAUACGCCAACGCCGAACCAGCAGCAGGUACAACAGAACCAACAGCAAAGCCAACAACAGAGCGGAGCUGGAGUCGUGCUCGCAUCCUCCACCAACAGCCUCACCCAGCAUCAAAACCAGCAGCAGGUGAACACUUUGGAGCUGGAAGAGAUGUCGCCCAGCCCUCCCUCACUGCACAGCCAGCUGAACAUGGCACAGAUAGACACAUCUGCUGUAGAUUACACCAGUAACAUGGUCAGCUCAAACCUCCUGUACGGCAGAACGUGGUAGGACCUAAUACAGUACUGUCACUUUCCACUUUUUCUAUGUGAACCUGCGGAUGAGCCCAUGCAAAACAAAACACUGCAAAAUAUAUAUAUAU